CAUAACCACGGAUCGACGAAGAGCAGGCGGGAAGAGAUCGCGGAAGGGAUGUCGGACUUGCAGAGCUCGUCAUAUUAAAUGCGAUGAGACCCCAGGCUCAUGUCAGAACUGUACAUCCAGCGGUCGACGCUGCGAUGGCUAUGAUCUGUAUCGGUUGCCACUGGGGGGAAGGACACUGAAGAAAGACUCUUCAUCACAGGUCCAGGUGGAGAUUCUCAAUGGCUUUCGCUGGAAAAUGACCUCGGACGAGCGACGUUGCCUCUCAUACUUCCAACACCACACUAUUCCCACCCUCCUCGGUCUGUUCGAUUCGACCCUGUGGGAAAAGCUGGUCUUUCAAAUCUCUCAGUCCGAGCCGGCCGUAUACCAUGCCGUGGUCGCCCUCAGUGCGAUCCACUACGAUUCCGAAGCCAAGGGGAUGCCAUUGCCCAUGGACCAGCCACGUAAUACUUGGCAUCAAUUCGCUCUGGAGCAGUUGAGCCGCGCCUUUAAUCUGUUGACCAAGCGCCGCACAUCCCAGGAUCCUCGGUUCUGUAACGUCACACUAGUCUGCUGUCUUGUGUUUGUGCUAUCGGAUCUCCUGCGCGGACAUUAUGAUAACGCGUUUAGCCAUCUUCAGAGUGGCAUCCGGAUUCUGCAGGACCUGCAGGCCCAUCGGCAACUAAUCGCACCGACACCUCGGGAGGAGCUGGUCGAACAGAGCCUGGUCGCCGCAUUUGCGCACUUGGAUAUCAUGUCCACCCAUUUUGGAGUCGGGGGUCCGCUGCUGUGCAUUGAGAAUGAGCUAAGCGACCAUCGGAUAGAUUGCGAUCCGUCCAUACCAUUCCAGAAUCUCCAAGAUGUGCUCCGUGCGUUUGAACCCUACUUCAGUAUGGUGUUUCAGUUUAUUUCUCCCUGUAUGUAUCGCCCACCCGAUCACAUCGGUACCGACUAUGAGGCAUUGCACCUCCAACAGCUUCAGAUCUGGUCCACAAUGAGCCUUUUCAUACGGCGUUUUAAGCAAUUCUACAGUAGCAUGUACGCUCGUCUGAGUCGUGCAGAGCAGAGGGGGGCUGACCUAGUAGAGAUAUGGAUUUUGGGCCUAUCGGUAGCGUUAAAAACGUGCCUCGUGGGCGGGAACAUCUCCGUCCUGGAUUGUUAUACAUCUGACUAUGAGAUGGUCCUCAUCCGCAUCGAAGCAUUCCUGCAAAAAUACCCAGAACGACCGAGUAUCAGCAUUCAAUGUGGCAUCAUUCCUCCCCUCUUCCAUACUGCGUUCGCUUGUCGGGAUUACACGGUGCGGUGGCAAGCCAUGGAACUCCUUUGGGAGUGGCCACAUCGCGAGGGGACGUUCGAUUCUAACUGGUGUGUCUCUUUAGCCUCUCAAGCGAUGAAGCUAGAGCUGCAGACAAAUAUUAUGAGUGGCCAGAUUCCUGAAGACACGACUCCCAUUGUCACUAAUCGAGCGGGACAGCUUCUAUCUGCCAAGGAACUCGUGGUCAUAAUGACGGACCACCAGCGACGGGUGCGCGUGUCCAAUAUGAAUGGGGCGCGCGAUGCGUCCGUGGUUGAGAGUGAUUUUUCUCCGCUGGAUCUCCUUGAAAGCGUCAAAUGUAUGUCCGGCUGGUCCUGUGUACGAGCCUUUAACGCUCUCGCCGCUCAGAUGGAAACCUAUGCCUUCCCGGCGCUUAUUCAGUAGGUUGGGAAUGUACUCAUCAAUACAGAACCUGUUGGUAUUAUUGGAAACGAUAGCUGCACCGCAUGACGCCUGAGCAGUUAUUUGGCGUGCAAGCUGUCAAGUUGAAUUCCUUGCUCUGCUUGCUGCAAAGGCUAGUCUUAGGAACUAUAGUUAAAGUCAACUAUGUUACAGGUCCAAGAGCUGCUCCUGGCCUCCAAAGGUAGAUAGUAGAGGCUGAUCGAGCUACUGAGAACACGGAGAGAGGCACCUGAAUCAGGAGGCGAACAGACUCAAAGAAGAGAUAGAAGAAAAAACUUCGCUGGAUACGAAUGCUGGUGCCGAGAGAGUUGGGGAAGGUAAUACUUGGGGGCAUGGCUCCG